UCGGCCAGCAAUUCGAGCUCCUUCUCUUAAGAUUUUAUUCUUAGUCUGGCGGUUUUUGAGGCCCUUUGCCGGGCAAGAGGAGUUGGUGACCUUGCGAAAACUAAGGCUUUUUGUAACUCCCUCCAUUCGCUCUUUCCAAGACCUUGGCUGAGGCCACGACACCCGCAUCUGCAAAAGGAUCCGAGUCUUGCUUCCUACAAAGAUGCAGUUGAGCAGAGCAGCUGGUUUCGGGGUACUCCUGCUCGUGGCACUUCCAUCCGUCCUUGGCCCUGCAGACGCUACCCUGCUGCUGCCAUUGACGGCUGUGUCCCUUGGCACUGGCGCCCUUGCGACGCUCGGGCUACUUGGCGCUGUUGGCUUAGGCGUGGCCAUCAAAAAAACACUCUACUACGGCGGCAAAGGACAUGGCCAUGACCACCACUACCACAGCCACCACCACCACCACACCGGAGGGGGAUACGGAGGCGCUCAUACCGGAGGAGGCUACGGAGACGCUCAUACCGGAGGGGGCUACGGAGGCGCUCAUACCGGAGGGGGCUACGGAGGCGCUCAUACCGGAGGGGGCUACGGUGGGGGCUACCCAUCUCCCUCAUACGCCGCGCCGCUCACCUCCGCGCACAGGCGGCGACGGAAUGCGUACAUUUUGGCCGAGGGCGACCGCGCCGCCGUGGACGCCCUGGUGUCCGACGACCGCCUCGGCUGCGCACAGCGGCUCGUGUGCGAGCUGGCCCGCGAGCCGGAGGCCGGCCUCGAGGCGGACGAGGUCGCGAUCCUUGCCCUUGUCAGCGACGAGCGGGCGACGGCGGGCGUGAAGCAACUGCGGAAGGCGGCCGCGGUAGGCAGGGGGGGCGCCGCCUGCUCCUCCCUCUUCAAGAACUGCCCCUUCUCCGCCCGGGACAUCAUGGCCGUUGUGAGAGCUGUUGCCGACGAGAACGCGAACUAGAAAAAAUGACUAGAACUAGGGAAAGUACUAGAACUAGAAAAUAAUACUAGAACUACAAGUCACUUUCAUUACCUUGGUCCGUAGUGUGUCACUGUCGUCCCUCUGUAGGUCGUUGUUUCGUUGUCAUUUUCAUUUUAGCGAGAGUCGUCUGGCGGCAUCGGGUCGUGGGGUGAUGCUGCAAGGUCAUGGCUCGUUCGGGUCGAAGACGAUUCUCCUGAGGAUAAAUCUCGGAGCAACCCUGAGCAAGUUAUCUUGGUCUAGGUUGUUUCUUGGGAGAAAGAGAGGCCCCAAGAUACAAAUUAACGCUAAAUUGGUUUGAUCACAGGUUAGUUUGGGUUCCGUGCCAAGAUAUAUAAUGCCUCUCUAGUUUAUGUUUUCAGUUACCCGAGUUAGUGAAUGACAAGAGAAGUAAAUUGUAUUUUCUUACAUGUAAUACAUAGUGCGACAAAUACAAAUAUUAUCAUGAAUAUUGCAUACGAUUUAUAUUUCUGCAUAUUUUUGUAUUCAUGAAAUAAUCUACCUCUGUCGUGUAUAUUCAUAAAUACAUGGUAUUAUUGUC